AUCUAUAUAUUAUAUUAAAUUAGGUGGCUCAAAGAUAUAUUUAAAAAAGGAGUGAAAGGAAUAUUAACAUUAGAAGAUAUUUACGAUCCUUUGAAGUCCGACAAAUCAGAGAGGCUUGGAGAUUUGCUCGAAAAGUAUAACCAUUUAUUUAGUAUUCGAAUGUUCAUUAAAUUUCCUUCCUAUUAUUUUUAUUUUCAUCAUCAAUAAAAAAUGAAAUUAAUUUCUUAUACAAUUUUGAACAGAGAAUGGACUCGAGAAUGGGAGAAAUUAAAAUACGUCGAAUACGUAUUAGAAAAGGACGGUAAUAAAAAAUUAGGCAAAGGUACAAAGCCGUCCUUGUCCAAAGCCAUAUUUCGUAUAUUUUGGCGAAAAUAUCUGCUGUUAACGACAUUUCUAUUUGUGCAAUGUGUAAUAUUGAAUACGUUACAACCAAUUCUUCAAGGAUGGAUCAUCGAUUAUUUUAAUGUGACUACAACGAAUUCAAAAACUAUUACAAAAAAAGAAGGCAUAGCUAUUGCAUUCGGUUUAAUUAUCAAUAUCACAGUAUCUGUUAUUAUCAUGCAUCAUGUAGCAUUACGAAGUCGAGAAAUGGGAAUGCAAAUUCGCUUAGCUUGCAGUUCUCUGGUAUACAGGAAAAUACUACGACUAAGUAAAGUUGCCCUAACACAAACAACUAAUGCUGGACAAGUUAUUAAUAUUCUUAGCAAUGAUAUGAGCCGUUUUGAUAUGGUACCUUUUUAUAUGCAUUAUCUAUGGAUUGCACCGAUCCAGCUCGUAGUGAUAGUCUACAUAAUGUGGACAAUGAUCGGACUCUCAUCAUUUUUCGGCGUCGCAUGUUUCAUAUUGAUCUCUCUUCCCAUUCAAGGAUAUUUCCCUAUAAUAAGUAAUCGUUUGAGAGCAAGUAUAGCAACAUUAACGGAUAAAAGGGUACAGCUUAUGGGUGAAUUUAUAAAUGGCAUACAGAUGAUCAAAAUGUAUGGCUGGGAAAAACCGUUCAGUAAAUUUGUGAUGAAUACACGUUCGGCUGAAAUGAAAAAAAUUCGUCUCGCCACGUUAAUUCGAGUAUUGUCUCUUUCAAUGUUAGUUUAUACUGAAAGAAUCACUUUAUUUUUUUGUAUGGUAGUGUACGCUCUCGCGAACAAAACUCUAAAUCCUAAAUAUACUUAUAUUUGGUCUACGUACUUCAGCAUGCUACAAUUAACGAUUGCUAUGUUCUUUCUACUAGCUUUAAUAUGGUUGAGCGAGACUAAAAUAAGCGUACAAAGAAUCGAGGAAUUUUUAAUGUUGGACGAAGUUAUAUCAAACAAUCAAACGCCAUGGAAGACGUCAAAAUACAAUAAUAAAGUAGAAAACUAUAAAAUCUUUUUAAAGUCGAGAGAAGAAGAUGUAAUAAAAGUUGAAGAAAACAAACUAGCAUCCAUUGAAAUGACUAGAGUAACAGCAAACUGGGUAUCUAAUAAAUUUCCACCUACUCUAUGUAAUAUCAAUCUAAAAGUGGACCCAGGCCAGCUUUGCAUUCUAUUUGGUCAAGUUGGAGCAGGGAAGACAGCCCUUUUACAUACCAUUUUAAAAGAACUUCCUCUGUACACUGGAAUAUUAAGGAUUCUUCAAAACUCUGAUGCAAAAAUGGAAUCUCUGAAAAACUUUGAUAAAUACUUCACCGAUAAUCCAAACAUUACAAUUUCUUAUGCCUCUCAAGAACCGUGGCUUUUUGAUGGAACCAUCAAAGAAAAUAUUCUUUUCGGUCGAGCAUACGAUGAGAAAAGAUACAUGGAURUAAYACGAGUAUGUGCCCUGAGUAAAGAUUUUCAGCAAUUACCWCAMGGMGAUAUGUCUUUUGUUGGAGAAAAAGGAGUCAUGUUAUCCGGUGGACAAAAAGCACGCAUYAAUUUGGCAAGAGCUGUCUAUAAACAAGCAGAUAUUUAUUUACUGGAUGAUCCUUUGAGUGCAGUAGACGCGAAAGUUGCUCGACAUAUUUUUACAAAAUGUAUCAACGAAUAUCUUCGUGGUACUACGAGGAUAUUGGCAACGCAUCAAUUACAGUUUCUCAAAUCAACAGAUGUUAUUGUAGCAUUGAAUCAUGGUACCGUCAAAGUGAAAGGAAAGUAUAAUGAACUAGUUAAAAAUAACGAUGAAUUUGUAAAAAUGAUCACUCAGAUCAAAAUGGACAAAGAACGAGACAAACUCGAUGAUGCUAUUGACAUCGAACAAUUUGAUGAUAUCACACAUAGUAUAAGAAGUAAAGCAUCUAUUAAAUCUGACAACAGUUUAAUCCCGGGAUCCGAGAAGGGUGAUUAUAAAACUGAAGACACCGAUGAGCAAGAAGAAUUAAUUCCCAAUGUUUCCUGGAAAUUAUAUAUCAAAUAUUUUCGAUAUGGCGCCAAUUGGUUGACUCUAUCUGCUUUUAUAAUAUUAACAUUAAUAACACAAUUAUUUGCAAGCGGUACUGAUUAUUGGGUUUCUUACUGGACGAAUUUAGAAGUAAUAAGGAGUGUUAAAAAUCAAAGUUUUAUCGUGAAUAAAAGAUAUGAAUAUCAAAGCACGAUAAAUAAUACAAUUUUAUCAAGCUUUCUAUCCACAGAUAAUAUAGGAUUAUUGACUACAACUUCUGCUAUAUAUGUUUACACAAUAAUUAUUAUUACCUGUAUAAUUUUGGUCUUUUUACGUAGUAUCUUUUUUAUGGAAAUUUGCAUGAUCGCUUCCCGUAAGAUUCAUGAUAUAACAUUUAACAAUAUUUUACAAACWAACAUGCGCUUUUUUCAUAUGAAUCCUUCCGGAAGAAUUCUGAAUAGAUUUUCGAAAGAYAUUGGAGCAUUAGAUGAAUUACUACCAAAGCCAAUAUUAGAAACCAUACAAGAUUCUCUACUCGGAUGUAGUAUUAUUAUAAUAGAAUUAAUGAUUAAUUAUUGGAUAAUUAUACCAUUCAUUCUAUUAGCUACCGUUGGUUAUUUUAUACAAAUAUUAUAUGUUAAAACCGUACAAAAUAUUAAACGUUAUGAAGGAAUAUGUAGAAGCCCAAUAUUUUGCCACGUCAAUACAACUUUAACUGGACUUUCGACAAUAAGAAGUAGCGGUAACGAAAUAGAACAUGUUUUGAAGAAGAAAUUCGAUCAUUUACAAGAUAGACAUACAGGAGUUUGGUAUCUCAUAUUAGCGAUAUCAGAUUUUUUAGGUCUAGUCUUUGAUCUAUUGUCCUGUCUUUUCAUUGCCUUUAUCUGUUUUUUUUUUAUACUCGUAGAUACAGGUAUUAAAUUUAUUCUAAAAAAUGCAAAGAGAAAUAAAAAAACAUGUAACAAAUUUAGUUAUUGUAUUUCAGACAACACAUUAGGAGGAGAUGUGGGUUUAGCUAUUUCACAAGCCCUUAUUUUAGUUGGCAUGUUACAAUACGGCAUAAGGCAAAUUGUCGAAAUAUCAAUUCAAAUGACAUCUGUGGAAAGAAUUUGCCAAUAUACUAAUCUUCCUAAGGAGGAGUCUUUAACAUCAACGAAUCCUGCACCACCGACAUGGCCAUCGCAAGGCCAAGUAGUACUUAAAAAUGUUUAUAUGAGGUACAAUCCAAAUGAGCCACCUGUUUUGAAGAAUCUAACAGUUACGAUAGAAGCAGGAUGGAAAGUUGGUAUUGUUGGAAGAACAGGUGCUGGAAAAUCUUCAUUAAUAAGUGCACUCUUUCGUCUUUUUUCCGAGGGUCUAGAUGGAGAGAUAAUAAUUGAUGGUAUAGAUACAAGUACGAUAAGUCUACAAGAUUUACGUUCUCGAAUAUCCAUCAUACCACAAGAACCAAUUCUCUUUGCUGCAAGCUUGAGAUAUAAUUUGGACCCAUUUAAUGAAUACGACGACGCGACUCUUUGGAAUGUUCUUCGAGAAGUCGAAUUCAAUGAUAUUGGUUUGAAUGAUCAAAUUAUAGCAAAUGGUAACAAUUUAAGUGUUGGUCAAAAGCAACUGAUAUGUCUGGCUAGAAGUAUUCUAAGAAAAAAUCGAAUUAUAGUCUUGGAUGAGGCAACUGCUAAUAUUGAUUCGCAUACCGAUGAAUUGAUACAACGUACUUUGAGAACUAAAUUUGCGGAUUGUACUGUUCUUACAAUUGCUCAUCGCUUGAAUACUAUUAUUGAUAGUAAUCGUAUUUUAGUAAUGRAUGCCGGAGAAAUUGCGGAAUUUGGUAUUCCUUACGAGCUACUGCAUGAUAAACCUAAUAGUUUAUUUGCUCAAAUGGUGAAUAAUACAGGACGUGUAAUGUCUAAGAAUCUUUUACAGCAAGCAGAAAUAUCUUACCAGCUGAAUUCUAAAUAGUCAAAUCCUAAAUCAUUCUGUUAUAAUUCCUAUGAAAAUAAUUUUUACAUUUUCUUUUAAUUAAGAGUGUAUAUCCUAAUAAAUAAAUACGCACUGUAUAUAGUGUCCCGUUAGAAUAUUCUUUUACUUAAAUAAAAUUAAUUGGUUGUAUUCUUAUCAAUCAAUAUAUCAGCUUUAGUAGUAAUUAAUGUCGUUUUAUUUUAUCUAACCUUUGCUUUUAGUUUAAUUCGUGUGUAACUCACUUUCAAAAAUCUUGAAACUUACGAAACAAUCGUAACAGGUUGAAAAUGGAUUUUUAAAAGUAAUUCACGUAAUUUAUGUAAUUUUAGAGUAUCACGGAACAAUUCACUAAUAACGAAAAAAUUAUAUAAAAACGAUAUUAAUUAUUACUAAACUUGAUAUUUAAGAAUUUUUAAAAUUA